AUGUCUUCAAUAUUAAGUCAAUUCAGUUAUUUUGAUGGAUCAACUCAAAUUUAUAUAAUAUCAGCGAGUAUUAUAACUCCGUUAAGUUUUAUUGUUAUAUUCAAAAAUUUCAAACGAUAUAAAAAGACAAAUGAAUUAUCUACUAUUCUAAUCAAUACUUGUUUAAUCAUAUUAAAUUUUAAUGCUUGGGUAUUUCUAGUUUGGUCAUUACGUCAAAAUCAAGAAAGAUUAAAUAAAACUCCAUUACAGAGAGAAAUUUUGGAUCUCAAGUUUCAAAAUGUCAAUAUACCCGGUUUUUCCUUUUUAAACUAUCAAGAUAAUGUAGUAUCAAAUAGUAAUGAGGAUGAUAGCAAAUUAGAAGAAAAAUUUAGUUGUUCAUCUAUUCAAAAUAGUAAUCAAGUACUGAUAGAAGCAAGUGAAUUGGUUGAUUUAAAUAAAGAGGGAGAUUUAAGAUUUAUAAGAAAUCAAUUGAAAGAUUUAUCGCCGAAUAAUAAAGCGUACCAGCUAUGUUUUCAAGAUGGUGAACAUCAACUGGAAGAUGAUAUUCUAAAAAAGAAGUGGUUUAAAUUUUGUGGAAGUGCAGUAUGGAUGAGUAAAUAUCAAGUUUAUUUUAUGGUGAGUAGAGUAAUAUAUUCAAGAAAUGCUAGAAAAAACUUACCAACAAUAUCAAUUUUAUAUGGACAAAUAUUUGAUAAAAAUUGGAAAGAAUUAAAACAUUAUAAAUUUCCUAAUUCAGAAUUGAUUUUUCCAACAAUACUACCUCAUGAAAUAGAUUUAGGUAAAAGAACUAAAAAGGAAGUUCUUGGAAGUGAAGAUCCAAGAAUUAUAUUAAAUGAAUAUAUCAAAGACGGAGAAUUAUUUCAAGAACCAGUAAUUGUUUUCAGUUCUAGAAGAACUGAAAUUAAUUGGGCGAGAGCUAUGCAUACUUAUCAACCAUUAACAAAUUCCAAAAAAAUAACACGUAUGGCAAUUAAAGAUAAAAAAAGAAGUUUUAUUGAAAAAAAUUGGGCUCCAUUUUUUGAUCGAAAUAAAGAUGAUGAUAAUGGUAAAUAUAUAAAUUUCAUUUAUAAUUUUAAUCCUUUAAGAAUUAUAAAAUGUGAUUUACAAAAUGGAGAGUGUAAUAAAGUAAGUGGACCUCCAUUUAAUUCAAUUCUGGCUAAUGAUAAUGCAGGUAAAUUAAGAGGUGGGACUAAUAUUAUUGAAAUUCCAAUAGAAUUUUUACCAACGAAUAAUUUAACAAACGAUAGGAAAUAUUGGAUUGGAAUAGGUAGAUCACAUAUAAAUAGUUGUGGAUGUUUACAAGAAUUAUAUAGACCUCAUAUUUUUUUAAUGUCAAGAUUGAAAACUAAAACAGAAUCUUUUCAAUUAGAUUAUGUUAGUUCAUUAAUUGAUUUUAAUAUAAAUCCUGAAUCUUGGUAUGAAAGGAAAAUCCCCAAAUCAACUUGUCAAGAUGGUAAAUCUGUUUUAAUCCCCAAUUCAAUAUCAUAUUGGGAAUUUAAUAAUAAAGAAAAUAUAGAUUAUAUGGGUAUUACUUUUAGUGAAGCUGAUAGAACAAAUAAAUUACUUCAUGUAAGAGGUUUAUUAAAACAUAUUCAUAAUUUAUUUGAAAUUACUAAUGGUGAUCAGAAAUUGGGAAAUGAUGAAAAUAAUAAUCAAGAUAAUAAUCAAGAUCAAUUUGAAAAAGAUGAAAAAAGUAAAUUACUUGGUGAAUGUUCUACUUUUUUAUCUAAUGAUUAUUGUGAAAAUACUAAAAAAUUACUUAAUUGGUGA